CUUGCGGCGCCUGUCGCAGAGCAAGGCGAUCGCCAAGAUGACGAUCCUGCACCGGUCCUCUGGCUCGUCCAGCGGGGCUCACUCUGCCGACGCCACGCCGAAGGGGUCGCCCAAGAGCUCGCCCAGCCACUCGUCGGGUGGCCGGGAGGACCUGCUCUCGAGCGCGUCCUCGGCGCUGCGGAGGCUGCACUUCAAGUCCUCGGCCAGCCGCAGGUACAAGGGGAAGCAUGCCAAUCUCCAGCAGCAGCCGCCGCCCAUCCCCACCGUAGUCAUCAUGGGCUCCAGCACCACCUCCGAGACCACCAUCAACACCAGCACCGACUCGGCCACCACGCAGGUGACGGCCGUGACGGCGACAGACGGCGAGACGACGGAAGACUCGCUGGACCGCGUCCGCGACAGCCGGGAUGAGGACGUGUUCGUCAAGCCCGGGACGCCGGGGGACUCGCGCCUCCAGGCGACGCCGACGACGCCGCUGCUGAGCGCACUGCACCGCAAGACGGGCGACCAGAGCUACAUCUUUACGCGCACCGAGAUCGAGGACGAGGGCGAAGACUUUGACCCGUCGUCGCCGACCUGGCUCUCGUCGUCGGUGUCCUCUGUCGCGGCCGCGGCGGCGGCCAACUCGACGACGACACCCUCGCCGGCGACCACCUCCACGGCCUCGCCGUCGUGCCGGACGUCGGUGUCGUCGCAAGUCAUCUCGCUCUCCUCCCUGUCGCGGACCACGACGGCGGCCUCAUCGCCUCCCUGCACGCCGCCCAACACGCCCCUCAGCAAGACCAGCCCCCAGCACCGGCCGCAGCAGCUCCCCCAGCAGCUGCCUCAGCAGUCCCAGCUGCCGCAGCAGAGGCACUACAAGCGGAAGCAGCACGUGAGCAGAAAGUCGAGCCACGUGGCUGACCGGCGCCACUCGCACUACCACCCGCCGCCCAGCCCCACGCUCUCGGUGCGCGCGGCCAGCGACAAGCGGCGCAUGUCGGACCAGCCGCGCUCCAACGCGCACACCGCGGCCGCCGCCACGCUCAACGGCCACGACUCGGACUCGGACUGCCACCGGCCCGCGCCGCAGAGCAGGCGCGCCUCCAAGGUGUCGACGGCCACCACCACCACGACCAGGAAGGCGCCCGCCACCAUCGUCGUGCAGCAGCCCUCGGUCACGGCCAACUCGCCCGAGGGCGGCGACAACAGCCAGCACAUUGACGCCAACGUGUUCAUCCUGGACAGGCAGAGCCUGGACGUCAACAGCCACUUCAACACGCUACAGUGCCUGGAGACCAGGUUCGGGCGCACGCACCACGCGCGCUCGCAGUCGGUCAAGACGCCCGGGCGCAGCGGCAACGUGUCGGACCGGCAGCGGCCGCACCUGCUGUGCCUGCCGCAGCAGCGCGCGCGCGUCGCCUCCAUGCCCAACACGGGCGUCGAGGAGGAGUACUACCGACUGCGCCACUUCUCCAUCACCGGCAAGGGCAUCGUGAACCGCGGCGACUCGCUCAAGAGCCGGCGCUCCCGCUCCAAGAACAGCGUGGCCUCGUCCAACUCGAGUCACAGUGGGGAUGACGAGGACACUCCUCUGAUGGACGCGUUAGACUUGGCGCGCACGGAGCACCUGGGGCCCACGUCGGCGCGCUCCUCGGCCACCUGCUCGCUGGCGUCGUCCCGGGACUCGUCCACCUGCACCGUGCCCUACCGCGUCGUCAUGUUGGGCGGCGCGGGCGUGGGCAAGUCGUCGAUCGUCCAGCAGUUCAUGACGUCCGAGUACCUGCACGCCUACGACCUUUCGCUCGGUGAGUCACGAACUUCUCCGGGGUACAGGUAUUUUAAGGUUCGAAAAUUUCCCGGAAAGAUUGAUGGAAACUUUUCUAAGAAUCUGAGAUGCACUGUGAAAAAAAAUGCUCCGCUGAACGAGGGUCAGCCCGACCCGCAUGCGUACUGCGUGGUGUACUCGCAGUCCGACUUGGCGAGCUUCAGGAGGGCGGAGGAUGAGCUGCAGAGGCUGUGGACCAGCGGCUGCGUCGGCUCCAAGGCUGUCAUCCUCGUGGCCAACAAGACGGACCUUGUGCGGAGCCGUACCGUCACUGCCGAAGAGGGGAAGGCGGCGGCGACCUCCUACGACUGCAAAUUUAUCGAGACAUCGGUGGCGAUCAACCACAAUGUGGACGAGCUCCUCGUCGGCAUCCUUACGCAGAUCCGUCUAAAGCUCCAGGACCCAGAGCGCACGCGCAGCAUCUUCCGCAAACGCAGCGCGUCGCGAUCGAAAAGCCGGUCCCGGUCACCAUUAAUUGUGUCUUGCGUCGGGGGAUUGACGUCGACGUGCGUCGGCACAGAGGACAAGAACGGCAAUACUGGGGUGGGAGAGCCGCCCGGCUCGCCGGGUCCCCGGUGUCGGCGGAACCGCAUGUCGGCCAGUCUUAAGCUGUUUCGAGACAAGACCAAGUACAGUUGCCGAAAGGAUGGUGUAUAUUGCACGUGUUCUCGAAGCAGCUUUUGUAUACAUUAAAACUUAUGUGUACAUAUGUGCUAAGUAGCAGUGUAGGGUUGGGUAUUUAAGUUACCUUUAAGUGUACAUACUUUAAUAUUUCCUAAUGUUUUAAUUUCGUUAAUAUGUACAAUAUGCGCAUUGUUGACUAACAUUAGAUGCAGCGUAGUGCCACUUGCAUUUCUCUAUGAUAAAGGUGCCAAUGACAGCACUUAUCAAAUGUGAUGCUAAGUUUGUUACUAUGAAUGUGAAUUGUUCUACAGUUGACUCUCGCAGAAGAAGUGCAGUGUCGUACAUAAUAUAUAUCUGUGCUAUUGAUUACGACGACACCUGUACUUUGUUCUCUCCAGCAGCGAACCCUUAAACGUGUAGCCAAUCUAUGCAAUUGCUCGUAUUGAAUUCACCUGUAACAUCCUACUUGUUUUUGUUUCAUCGUGUAAGUGGUGAUUACCUCUUUUGCUCUGUUCCUGUAGUAUUGUCAAACUUCGACCUUUUCGAAUAUUGUCAAAUUCUUUUAUAAUGCACUGAUACUUGCAUUUCUAACUCUUAAUUGAACCUGAUUCGCACCGACCUCAUAUAGGAAUGUAUCAAAUUAUCUAUGAGACCGCAAAGGUGUGCCAAAACACUGGAAAGUACAACUGUCCAAAUUGUACUGUUUCCAGCACAAAAUGACUUUUCUCCAAUUUGAAUUCUUGGAGGACAUCCAUCCCGAUUUCCAUCAAGAACCCGUUUAGUUCAUUGAUAAGAUUAAUACUUAAAUAGUGAGAUUUAUCCGUCAAAUAUUGCACCUUCUUCGUUUGCUACUCUAUUUUUUCUUCUCUCUCACACUCUACUGCAGUGAAGAUUACGAUUUCUCCAACUACUGUUCGUUUCUUUAGGGUUCAUUUUUGUAAAUGAUAAUACCGCAUGUAUUAUCUGUGUUCGGACAUACCGGGUAAAUUACAUAAUAAAGCCAUGCUUUAUUAUCGUUUUAGAAGUAAAGCUACGGCUGCAACUAGGCGGUCUCAGUUUUACAAAAACCACGUAGGUCUUUUGUUUGUGUUUAGCUUUCAAACCCGGUUGAAUAGUGCGAAAGAGGAUGAAAUCAUGACGAACUGUCUUUAAGUUUUAUUAUGUGGGCUGGAUGUUGGGUCCAUUAAUAAUAGCGUUCAAUUAUCACCCCAACAUGAAUACAGGGGAAUGAACUGUUAAUUUGUUUAUCAUUAGUAUCCAUUUUAUAAGGACCAAUUAAAAAGAAUUACUUUCAUUGCCCAUUCAAUUAGGUUAUUGGGACGAUAAGUUGAGCUGAGAAUACUCUGAACGGGCACGAGUAUGUUAACUCGUGUUCCAGCAAAGAAGUUUAAGAAAAAUUGUAGCAUGCCAGUUUUCGUUAACCUUUUUAAUGCACUUUAUUUACUUAUUGCCAAUUCCGAUAAACGCACAUUGCAUUAAUGAAAUAAGUCAUUUCAAAAUCUCCCUCCGUCGAAUAGAGUCGACGAUCCGCUUCAGUUCUGUGCAUUGCUGUCAUAUUUAACGAAACUGGGUGAUGUCUGAUAAUGAAAUCAAAGCCGUUUUUUAAAUGUGCAUUACUCUGUGUGAAUAUUUUAUUGACUUUUGUGUGAGCCGCAAAAGCGGAUCAAUUUAUUUAAUAUUAUCUUGUACGUGUUAGAUAUUUUUUCGUAUUUUGGGAGACUGUGUUUCCCUAAAUUUGGGAAUCGUGUUUUAUAAAUUCAUCGUGUUUAGAAUAUUUCAAUAAAACACCUGUCAAUGUUA